AUGAAUGCGACGAAUACGUCCGCCGAACAACACAAAAGAGUACAUGGUAUUCCAUUGGGAAUUCCCAGUAUCGGCCGCACCAUAGACGGUAUUAUUCAGAGACUCUCCAAAAAAAAUGGACUCAGAGAAGACGACUCCAGUUGGUAUUGGGAUCCCCCAGCACAGUCCUCUAAAAUUAUUGACCAUGACCUUGAAAAUCAGUACAAAAUACAAAUACAAGCACUGCAGAAGGAAUUAUCCUCCCUAAAAGAUCGAGAUGAAGGUGAUAAUGAAUCUAAUAGUGAAAUUUUUCGCCUUAAAGAAGAAAAUAAGAAUCUUAUAAAUAGUCUGGACGAUUUGGACAGUCAGCAUCGGUUGGCUAUGGAAAAACUGCUCACAUUAAAGACAGAACUUCAGAAGAAUUUUGAAGUCCUUAAACUGGAACAUGAGGAUUUAAAAAAUUCCAACGACGAAUACGCUAGCGAGAUAAAAAAUCUACUUUUAAGAAUUGGUGAACGUGAUAAAGAAAUUACAAAUCUAAAAUCUACAAGUUCAGAUUACGAUACUUUACAACAUAAAUAUCAAAACCUGGAAAGGAUACAUAGUUUAAUGAGAGAAAAUGCUGAGAAAUUUCAAGAAGAAAAUCAGGAUUUACACGAAGAGGUUUUCAAGUUACAAGAACAAGUGACGAAAUUGGAACAUGAUUUAGAAGUUGCCGUAAAACAAACAGAAUCAACAAACAUGGUGCCUAGGGAAAAAUAUGAAGAAAUACUUAAGGAGUGCGAGGCUUUAAAGCAUAGAAGAAGCUUAAAUCGAAUACACUUAGACGAAAUAAAUAUAGAUGAUAAUGCUAAAGGUGUAAUUGAAGCUUUAAAGCGGGAUAUAAGUGAUUUAAAACAUAAGUUAGCUCAGCGGGAAAAUGAUAAUAAUCGUGAUAUAUCCGAUAAUAAAGUUAUUAAAGCUGAUAAAGUAAUGCAGCUUUAUAACAGAUAUGUUAACUUUGAAUUACCUAUUGAUUACGUAGGCGAAAUACCUUCCUCCAAUGAUAAUAUUGUAUUAUAUAAACUUGAAGGCGUCUUUAAAACAGUAAACUCGUUUAAAAAAGAUAUCGACAACUUAGAACAGAAAUUAUCGGAAAAGAACCUCAAUAUUAGUAAUUUGCAAACGCAUAUAGAUGACUUAACAACUGAAAACGAUUUCCUGACUACUGACAUACAGCAGUAUGAGAAAGAAUUGGAUGAAAUGAAGAAAAAUAAUGAUUUUCUUAUCUCAGAAAUUACUGCGUUAAGGAAUGCAUCAAAAUUAGAACCCAUUAUUGAAACCCACGAAGAUAAUUAUGCAAAAUUAGAAACAGAGUUGGCAGAUUGCAACAGAAUAAAUAAAACUUUUGAAUCGGAAAUUAAGAAAAUAGAAAGAGAGUUGGCUGAGGUGAGAAUAGAAAAAAGUAAAUUACAAGAAAGUCUCGCUGACCUUAAACAAAAAUAUACGUCUAUGCUUAAUGAAUUAGAGAUUUGUAAGACUCAGACCAAAAAUUACAUAGAAUUAGAAAGCAAUACCAAUAUUGACAAUAAUGAAAAGCUACAGAAAACAAUAGACGAAUUAGAUGAUUUGAAAAAGCGGCUCAAUGCUGCUAAUGCUAAAAACGAACAGUUUGCUAUUGAUAUUCACAUUACAGAAAAUGACAAGGUAUUGCUUACAAAAGAAGUAGACGACCUCAAAAAUGCUUUGGAAGUAAAAUCCACUGAGUUGCAAUCGACAAAAAAUAUUUUAGAAUCAAAAAUAAAGAAACUUGAAAAGAAGGUGGAAGAAACUGAGAAAUAUAAAGAAGAUGUCGAAAAUAAAAAAGACACACUUGCACAAAGUGCUAUUUUUGUUACUUCCGAGUCUAAAGCUGACGGGGACAAAAACCCUGAGGGUAGCUUAAUUUCUGAAAGACUGCAAAAUUCCCAUUUAGAAAAUACAACGCUGAAAAACAAAAUUGAUGAACUAAAUAGUGAUAUAAAUCAAUUAAAACUUUAUAUAACUGAACUCUCAACAGAAAAUAAUUCACUUAAAAAUAGAACGACCGUAGAUAAACAAAAUAUUGAGCUACUUCAACGAAGUAUAGAUGAUUAUAAAGAGAAAGCCGCCCAAUCGGAUAUUGUAAACAGAGAUUUUAUGGCCCUUAAGGAAGAAAAUAAGAAACUUUUAGAAAUGAGGGUUAAUUUAGAGUCGGAAUUAUUUUCUAAUGAUAAAAAGAUUGUCAGCCUUGAAGAAGAAUUUAACAAACUGGUGUCAGACCUUAACGAAAAAGAUUCUUUAAUUGAUUCUCUUAAUAAUACAAUAAGCGAAAAUAAUCUGACCUUACAAAAUUUGAACGAAGCUGUUAGUAAUUUACAAAAUAGUCUUACUCUUAAGAAUCAAGAAUUAGAGCUUUUAAACAAAAAAUAUGAAGAAGUAUCUGAAAACUUAAAUCGCACUAGUGAAAUUUUAAACCGCAGCCAUGAAGAAUUAAGUUUACUGCACACAGAAAAGCAGGAACUCGAUAAACAAUUAACUGCUUUAAAUGAUGAAGUGAAUAAUAAAAACACAGCCAUUGCAAUGUUGACUGAUCGACUUGACAAAUUGGAAAAAACAAGUCACGAGUAUAAAUCUUUAGCAGAAAGUAAGAACAAGGAGAUAAAAGAGCUAAAUCAGUCUUUUGUUGAGUUGACAGAUAAAAUGAAAACAACUGAUAGCACUCAUCAAAAUGAUGAAUAUGCUAAGUUAAAUGAAGAAAUAUCGACGCUUGGACAAGUUUCUAAUGACCUGAACAAUCAACUUGAAAUCAAACAGAGAGAAGUAUCUGAAUUAGAACAUAAAAUGAAGCAAUUGGAAAAUGUGUAUAUGGAAUACCAGAGCAUUAUAGAAAAAACACAAUCAGAAAAAGCUAAUCUUAUUAACCUAAUAAAUUUGAAGCAUAACGAAAGUCUUCAGUACCACAAUGAAAUCCAAAGAUUAAAUCACGUUAUUCUAGAACAAACCAAUGAAUACAAGAGAAUAAUUGAAGAAAAGGAUUUGCUUUUACAGAAUAGUACAAAUAAUUGUUCAAGUUGUGAUAGCUUGAGGGUAAUUAUAAAAGAAAAAGAUGAAAUAAUUAUGUCUUUAAAUCAAAAUGUUAGUGAAUAUGAAAAACUAAAGACCGAUCUCACUAAUGCCGGCGAAGCCAUCAAAAACUUGACCAAACGGUGCGAGGAUUUGGACAAAAGUCUUACAAUUCAACUAGAGACUGUAAAGAAAUUGACAACAGAAAAUGCCCAGUUGUCAGAACAAGAACAGAAUUCAACAAGGGAAUUAGAACGAUUACGGCACCACUUGAUGGAGAUGGAAGAAAACUACACGCAAGAACUUAUGACAUCGGAACAAAAGCUUAGCGAGUGCCAAAUAAGGCUACAUCAAGUGGAAGAGAAAGCAAAACAAACUAGUACUGUUUAUACUAGUAACAGCAUACGAGCUAACCAAGAAGUAGAAACGUUACGGAAUCAAAUAAAGCUUCUAGAAAAACAAAGGGAAGAAGUUCAAGCGAGGUUAAGUGAAGCAGAAGAUGCUAGAAAUAGGAACGAAGCUGCACUUACAAACCUACAAAUAGUGCUAGAACAGUUCCAAUUAGAGAAAGAAAGGGACAUAGCUAACGCCACAGAGAAAAUCAGAAACAAAAUGGAAGAGGCCAAAAAUCAAAAUCAAAGGCUACAAGAAGAGAUCGCUAGGUUGAACUCUAAACUAGAAGAAUCAUUAGCAGGUCUACAAGCUGCAUCCAGACUGGGCGAUCAAGUUGAAACUAAAACAGCACAAAUCAAUGAUUUGAAAGAACAAGUGCGAACUCUCCAGACUUCAGUGGCAGCUGCCGAGGAACGGUACUAUAAUGCGAUAUCAAAUCAGCAGGACAAAGUUGAUAAAAACCUGGUCAAGAACUUGGUCAUGAAUUACGUUGUCUCGGCUGCCCAAAGUAGUAUGAACAAGACCCAAGUCCUACGCGUCCUGUCCACAGUGUUAGACUUCAACCAGCAGGAGUGCGAGAAGCUGGGUCUGGUGAGGUCAUCUAAUACUGCUGAUAGCCUGGCUGCAGAAUUUGUCAAGUUCCUGCAAAACGAAUCCAAACCAAGAGCGCCGCUGCCCAACAUGAUGGGAUUGGGACAGUCCAGGAGUACCACUCCCACUUCGAGGAGGAAUUCUACCAUGGGGCCAAACCCAAUGUUCGACCCAAGUCACAAAAGAAAUCCAUCGACCGGCUCCAACAACCUCCUCUUCCAGAACUUAGACAACGUGGACACUGCAUCGCAGCAUUCAACUGAGUCCGAACCAAGGGUUGUAACCCUCAGUCAUAUGGAGACAGGCGUCAAUCAGACUAGAAACAAUGAGGGUGCCAUCUUGAAGCAUGUUUUGAAAGAUAUGUGA